AUCGGCCUGUGGAAGAAAACCCUGAUGCUUUUGUACCGCUGUAUACGAUUUCUCAGUCCUCUCUCUAAGCCAUUUAUCAUGUGUUAGUAGCUGCACUGUGCCUCCUCAAUGAUGGCUGAGGGAACCGAAGGAGAAGAACUGAAGACUGCUGUUUCAGGUGUAUGGGGAUAUAGAUCCUCCUCCGUGUGCCGCUUUGCUUAAGAUGGAGUCUGCUGUCAGUGUGCUGGUGUCCCAGUUCAAGGCGUACGCUGGCAGUGAUGGUUCCUCUGACACACUGAGCAGAGAUGAGUUCCACAGACUGGUCACAUCACAGCUCCCUAACUUUGUCAAGAACGCUGGCGACCCCGCUGCCAUCGACCUGCUCAUGAGCUCAUUGGACAAGAACAAUGAUGGAGAGCUCAACUUCCUGGAGUUCUGGCAGCUGAUUGGGCAACUUGCAAGCAAACACGGGGGGUUCAGCCAAUAGAGCGUCCUUCAGAUACACUGUUCCAGUGCCAUGUGUGUUACUGACUUGUCUGUGAGCCAAGUGGAAAACACCCUAACGUCUUUUUUUUCUGCUGCUGGAUUCUCUGUUUUUAUCAGUAGUCUGCGCUUUCUUCUCACCUUGUCAUCGCCGGCGAUUGCCAAACUGGCACUGUCACAGAGCACUACUGAACACUUUCAGCAAAAUACCCCAACCAGCCCUGUUUCCUAGCACACACACACACGCAUACACAAACACUGACAGCUGCUUGUGCUUACA